AUGAUUUCCUCAGGUUCUUGUCAAGAAGAAUUGAUUUUUCAAUUAGCCAACAUUGGCGGAUUCACCGCCCCAGGAAAGACAGCGAAUUCUUCUGAUACCAGCACGACACCAGGCUCAUCAAGAUCCAGGAAAUGGGGUGUAGCCAGAUCACAGAAAACCCCUGGGAUCAAACAUCACCAUCAGCUGAGUCCUGCUGCACAUUUCAUGGGUCGUAAGACCUCGGAUGUGGGACCUACAACCUCGGAAGGCACCUGGGGAUCAUCCACAUUUUCCUCGCCACGCAGCCGUUCACUGGGAUUACUGGAAGUUCCUUCAAGAUCCACUUCGAUCCCCAAUCCGGACUUUAAGACGAUGGCCAGGCCCUGUAUACUCAAAAAUGUCACUAGUCCUUACCAUGAUUGGAAAACCCCCAGCAACACAGGGCGUCCUCCCCCGCAAUAUGGUGUCAAAAGUACUCCACCUCGAGUAAAACCAUUUGACCACCCUACGCAAGGCACGAGCAAGAAGUCAUACGUGCACGAGCCAUGUUGUCUCUGUUUGGAGUCUGUUUCCUGUCGAUCUUUCGGCGAAAAAGUUGUUCCACUAGAUUGUGGGCAUUUGACCCACGAGGAAUGUAUCACGGCUUAUCUUGAGUGCCCAACAACCCACGAUAUUAACGAUCUCUUCCCGAUUUGUCAACGGUGUGAAGGCAGCAUUCGAUGUGUGCCUUCUGAAGUUGAACUUCGAGACAAGUGCAUUUCGCAGGCUUUGAUUAGAGGGAGCCCUCUAGCGAAGAAAUUCUCGGAUUGGGAUCCCGGAUCGGCAUCGGCUUCAAAGGCGAUUCAAAACCCUAGCAUUGAUUCUACAAGCACCAUCAAGAAUUAUCACUUUGGACCGACAAGAAGUGCCUCCAAUUCCAAAAAAAACGUCAAGGAUUUGUCGCUUCAACUUUCCCCAUUCUCCAGUAACAAAAGUGUUAAUCGAGCCUUGAGGGGUAGCCUUCUUUCUGGCAUUUCCUCGAUUGUCUCUUCAGUCUCCACACGCUCUCCUGCAGCAACGAUGAGCAACUCCCAGAACUUAUUAAGCGAAAGAGUACCGUUGGCGAUCCUCAGGUCAUACUACUCGCAGCUUUUGCUGGACAAUUUUCCUGAAAGCCUAAAAGCUUGGGAAUUGGAUACCAAAUUUGGUCCUCUAAGAAUUGUCGAUCGCCUCAUGUUUUCAGAAGACGGGAAAACCUACCAUGAUGCAUGUUGUUACCUCUAUGCGGACGCAUUGCUGGUUGCUCUUGUCUCGCCUACUUUUGACCCCAAGAAUUCGGUAGGACUGAGGUUAGAAAAGUUUCUAGUGCAGCACCCUUUGUCUCAUGUUAGCGUUGAUUCCCUCAAUUCGUCGGUGCUCAAAUGUACGAUUUUAAGUGCAAUGAACAAUUACAAGAUAAUGCAAGGAUCAACCAUAUACCUCACCGAGACAUUGAACUCAGAUCAAAGCCAAGUUGUAGAGAAGUGGAUUUCGGCCUUACUGAACGAGGAAAUGGCAUUUAAAAGUCUAAAUUUUUCGUCGACUUUACCUCUACCUCUCUUUGAUACAAGCUCAAGUUCAUCAAGGCUUACAGUGGUCAGGACCGAUAGUAAAAGCGUGGACGUCGACUUUUCGAGCGACAUUCUUGACACUGAUAUUAUUGUUCGUCACAGCCUUGCUGAUGAAAAUCAUAAUUCUCGCAGAACAACUAUCACGUCGCUCCUUUCACUCAAGCGUGAUCGACCUAGCAACCUUGCAAUAGUCCUACAGUUAGAAAUAAGUCGGUUAAAACAUGACGAGCUAACUACAGCAGUAAACAGCAUGCGAGCGCUCGUAAUGAAAAUGCAAGAGACAAACAUUUGCAUAGUCGAUCAAAAUGCCAGAAUCGUUAGCCAGGGACCUGCUCAGGAGCAGAUUGCAAUACUGGCAAAUUUAAGUUCAGAAAUGCCAAACUCUCCUUAUCCCCAGUUUACUCCAGAACUCUUCAAAGAAAUUAGUUGCAUCAACAUGAGAGCAACUGUUGGUAUUGCCGUCUUUUCAAAUACAUCGGUAGAAGAGGGCAAGUCCUGCCUUUUCAUGGACUUCGGCUGUUUUGCCAACCCGAAGAGGACAAGGCCCAAUGAAUUGAAAGCUCAUAUCGGGUACUUGAAUUUCGAUUAUAUGGAUCUUGUUGAGGAACUGGUGGAAGUUUCCUCUUUCAACGACAUUCUAGAGACUCUCUGUUACUGUUUUAACAUCACAUUUGAUGAAGAUGAUGGUGACUGUGACGAUGAUGAUGACCAUGACCAUGACCAUGACCAUGACGACGACGAUGACCAUGACAAUGAAAAUAAUGAUGACGAUGCUAGUGAACAUCGAUAUUAUGAUUAUGAUAAAAACGUGUGUACUGGCCCGCGCGAGCGGGCUUCUGAGCUCGAACAGUCGGACAUUCCUGACUUCGUGCGUGGUAACUCACAAGUCAGGAAGCCAAAUUAUUCAGCACUACCGAAUGACUUGCCCAAUGCUGGAACUCCCCAAAGGACAAAGCUCACUGGAACAAAUUUGCGGGCAAAUCCACCCUCACCUUUUCCGCAAAGCAACGGAACCUUAUGCGAAAAACGUGAAGUACUGUCGAGCCCCUCGAGGACGACUAGUAAAACGUCCACAUCUCCUCAAAGUGUGGGCAGUUCGCUAUACUCGCCCACGCAGCUGUCGGGUGAGGAAUUGCUUGCGGAGCAACGUGCUACCUUUCAAUCGCGCCGGUCGGUCGUACGAUCGCUGCAAAUAGAAAGUCCUCUUUUGUUAGAUGGCACAGGGGCUAUGCCCUCGGAAGAACAGGAUAUUGCACAGAAUGACGGGCCCAGAUGGACUUGCUUCUUUAAAGGUAUAAAUAAAGCCUUAGACGAAGCUAUUGAUUUCAAAAAUGACCUUGGAAGUAAAGCGGACUUGUCACAUUUCGACCCAUCGGUCUAUGAAUACAUUUAA